AUGCAGAACAGUCAAGAUGGAUACCAUAUCAAUCGAAGGACAACGCCGGUCACUCCGGCCACCGUGCAACAGAGUCCCUGGGCAGUACCAGGAGCCCGUCAAUUUAUUCCUCCUCCUCCCCCACCGCAGUCGAAUCAGCCGACAUCGAUAGGACUGCCUCCGCCGCCGCCGCGUCCCUCAAUCAGUGCUGCAUCGGGACAUGGUAAUUUCAUGCCCAUGCCGCCUGGUUCCAAUGCAUAUGCUGCAUGGACUCGCCAGCAGGCUGGCUAUCUACCGCCACCGCCCCAGGGACAGCCACGAGCUCCACGUGCGUACGACCCAAGUGCCUAUCAUGCGUAUGAGUACGAGAUUCCACCAAUGCCCGAGAGUCAACCUCUCACUUCUGCAACAUACAUUCCUGGCCCGGACAGUUUUGGGCCUGGGGUAGGCAUUCCGCCAUUGCUCACUGCGACCACGCCUCAUCAUGCAGUUUCUCGAUCUGGGCAGAUCAUGUACCAGCAGCAGCAGCAGCUACCACCGCAACCGCCCUAUUAUGGCUCUCAAACGGAUCUCACUCAAAUGCAAGCACGAUACGGCGGAGCAAACUACGGGCAGGACAACUCGUGGUACGAAAACUCAGCAUAUCAGCAAUACCAACAUCCUGCGCUUGCAGCAGUACAGCAUUCGAACAUUCCGCCACCAACGCCAACCACCGCCGCUCGGCAACGGGCUCUCGUUCUACCAGCGAAUCAGACCGAGCAGCAUCAAUCUCCCGCCCAGGAGCACCAUCAGUCGCAAUUUCCGCAAGCGAGCGACCCGGCUCCGAAUCGGGAUCAAUCGCAUCCAAGCGAAAGACCUGCAUCGCCUUCCGAGAUAAGCUGGCCUGCUGAAAAGGUUCAAGCCUGGCUCAGCAUGCACGACUUUUCUGCGGAGUGGAUCGCGGCAUUUCAGCAUCUCCAUGUGCAAGGCGCGCAGUUUCUCGACAUCGGUGGCAAGGGCCGGACAGGAGGUCAGCGAAACAUCGGCUUUAUGCCCAAGACAGUCCUCCCUCAAGUAGCCCGCGAAUGCACAGCCAAAGGUUUGGUUUGGGAUCAAGUCAAGGAGAGGGAUGAAGGCAGACGUCUCCGUCGGUUGGUCAGAGAAGUGGUAGAGUCUGGUGGGGUUGCAACACCUCCCGUCGCGACUGGUGCGCCAUCACGCGGUAACCGGAGGGAGUCCAACGCAAAUCAGGUUCCUAGCAAUGUUGAUAAUGAUGGCACCACGGAAGCUUCGUCCGAGCUUUCCAGGGCUGGACCGACACAUAUUGGCUCGACGCCCACCACUGCUGGCGGUGGUGAAGACUCUCCCGGCCGCACCAUGCCCGUCGUCAGUUCGCAGCGUCGUGAAUCAAAUCAGCGUGCUGCAACGCUCGACUCUAUGAGCGGAUCGAUUAAAGAGAACGGUCGAGGCAACUUCUCGUCUCAUGCUUUAUCAAUGACUACGGCUGAAGGACAACAGCGACACUCGCCGAGUUUAAGCACAGGAGACAUGCACGUAGGCUCAUCUAAAUUCCAAAGUCCGCAGCAGAGUCCGGGAUUGCCCAAUCAAAAGGGCAGUAAUGGGGGUUCGAGUCAAGGACGUUACUACCGCGAUAAUGCUCAUCUCCGUAGCGGUUCGGAAUCUCAUGCUUUGCGUGCUGCAUCCGAAGAUCCCGCACAGAAACGUCGCAAUGCUCAAGAGGGCUCUCGUCCGCCAGGCGAAGGCUCUGCCCGUCAGGGAAGUCAAGACACACCCGCUAGUGCGAAGGAACACAAGACAAGUCUCUGGCAAAAGCUCAGGCGCGACAAAAAGGCUCCAGACGAUGGGUCUGUCAGUCCGCAGGCAACGCGGCCUGCGCCAUAUCUGCGUGGCACCAAUGCUGUCUCCGACACUUCUCUAGCCGAUCGAUCAGCCGACAGAUCACCCAGGCACAUUCCUGGUAGCGCCGGAGCUGAGGCGCUCACUCGAGGGAGACCUGCUGCGCGGGAGACGGACAAGAAAUUCAUAUUUGUGACGCCAGACGGGUGGAACUAUCGACUUAUUGACAUUAGCGAGGUUGACACCGCACAACAGCUCCGCACAGUAAUUUGCAUCAAUUUGGGAAUAGUCGAAGGGCCUGAAGUCGAAGUUCAUACAACAUGCCCGGGUCAGGAGGAUCACGAUGAGCCUCUGAGCGACGACUUGCUGAUCUCUGUUCGACACCGCCUUGCGGACCCGUCUGGUAGUCUCAAAUUGUACAUCCGUGCCGCGGAUAACCAUCCCGCGGUACCAAGCAGCGGCAUGAGCCUAUCGAGUCUUGCCGUGCGAUCACCACAACACAAACCGCUGUCUCCCAUUCUGAUCCGAACGAGCGACGGCGAUGACAAUCGCAAUCUGGCACGUAAAGAGGACCAGGUCGAUCCACAAAGCCUGGAUGGCUUAUCUGAAGAGCAGCGCAGGGCGCUUCACGCCGCCAAAGUCGAAGAACAUCGGCGAGAAAAUGAGCGCAAGCAGCAAGCUUAUCUUUCGCGCAAGAACCAGAUGGUCGACGCCAAUGGACGGAGAGUCGUUGACUUCGACAGCCCACGGAAUUCGCCAUAUGAGGAGAAGCCGCUUCCCGGUCGUCCGAUGUCGUCAGGCUCCGAUAAGGACAAGAAAACUGACAGCUUCCAGCCGUUGCGUAGGGCCCCGCCGGUUCCCGAGCCUACCAACACCCUCGUCAAAGCUAACAGCCUCACGAGACGCAAUACCAGCGAUCCACGCACCAGCUGGCCACAGCGAAAAGAAGAAGUCUGGAAGCGAAAUUCCAACGGCUCCAUACCUGAAGAAGAUGGCAAACGUGCUGCGGCGAACGUGGCUGCUGCUAAAGGUCAUGGUCCAGGUAACGCGCCGCCAACAUCAGGACUGCAAAGGUCGAUCACGGCUCCCGAGCUUGAUGCUGAGAGCAACAAGUCGAGAACGCACGACCGUAAUAGCCCCGCGGUGCCUCGCAGUCCCUUUACCAUGUCCAAAGGCGGUACCACGUUCAAAGUUCCCACCUAUGUCGAGGGGAUGGAAGAUGAAGAGGACGAGGCUUCCGACGAGGAAGACACACUCAAGGCCAGCCAACGGCCCAAUUUAAGUCUGACUAUGCCCGUUCAACCUGGCUCCCAGUCGAGCAGCCAGCGGCCCAGCAGCCCGCAACUCAGUCCGAGCUCUCGUCGGGGGCCGCCAGCCUUUGCUCCCAGUCGCAUGGCAAGCAAACAUGGGCCCAGCUUCGAUGUUCCGGAGCGACAAGAAGCCUUUGCUCAGUCCCCGGCGAUGCCACAAGAUUCGGAUUCGGAUUCGGACGAUGGGUUGUUUGCCAUACCGCUGGCUAAGCAGAAGGAGAAGGCGGCUGCAAAGGCUGCGCCGGUCCCUGCCCCAACGCAGCCUGUCGUCACAGCACCUGUCUCUCCACCGCGCUCGCCUCCCCGGCCUGAGCUGCGUGUCAAGACUUCACGAGCAAACGUUCGCUUCGAUUCGCCUAAAACAGCAGCCGCGCGUGAGAAGCUCAACAGCGCGGGCAAUCAUCUCACCGAAAGUGACAGCGAUGACGAUUACGAUGAUAUACCGCCCUUUGGUUCUACUUCCUCGGCGAACAAUCCAUGGAUGCAAGAUUCGCCCAACGAGUCGAGCAGAUUCGAUGACCGUCGACAGAGUUUUGCGAGCGACGUCUGGGCCAAUCGUCCUCCUGUAGAAGGCAUCGCAGAGCGUCUAGACGAUUUCUUCCCGAACGUGGAUCUCGAUCAGCCUAUGGGUGUGGACGUUGAGGACAAGGUGGACUUGUCGACCGCUGACGGCAGCUCGGUGGUCACGCAGCAAACGAGCGGACCGAUGCUCAAGAGUAGAGCUUCGUCAACAGAUCUCGAUGCCGGCAAGAAGAAUGGCAUGAAUGACGGCGGUGACGCUCGCGGGAACCUCGAUGUUGCACCUAAAAGAAACGAAUUCACCAGCGUGGCGCAACGUAAUCUCCAGAAAUCUGGUGGCUUGAGUCGCACCAAGAGUAUUCGCGAUGUGGUCAAGAACAACUAUCAAACGAGCAGCGCCGAGUUCUCGCAGCGAAAGUCCACAGCAGCAGCUGCCAUCGCAGUUCGUCAACCGAGUGUCCAUGUACAGGCACCGCCUCCAGCCGUUAACCGGGUGAACACGCUCCGAAAUGAAGGAGGCAUUCUUCGACGCAAGUCGACCAAAAUGUUCGGCGCUAGGAUUGAACAAGUCAAGCCUCGUCCUGGAAGUCGCUUGAUCGCAUCGCUGGAUACGAUUCCACAGGACGAUCUGCCUCCAGGAGCCGCCGCAACGGUGCAGCAGCAACAGCAACAACAUGCCGCCCGCGUCGAAACUCAGCCGACGUUCAAGUGGAUGCGGGGUCAACUCAUUGGAAAGGGCACAUUCGGUCGUGUCUAUCUCGGCAUGAACACGACGACGGGAGAGCUGCUGGCGGUCAAGCAGGUCGAGGUGAAUCCUAAAUCUCAAAACGCCGAUCCAGCCAAGCUUCGCGAGAUGGUGAAGGCUCUGGACCAGGAGAUCGAUACUAUGCAGCAUCUGGACCACGUCAACAUCGUGCAAUACCUUGGAUGCGAGAAGAAGGAAUACAGCAUCAGCAUCUUUUUGGAGUACAUCUCCGGUGGUAGUGUUGGAUCUUGUCUGCGGAAGCAUGGUAAAUUCGAGGAGUCGGUGGUCUCCAGCUUGACGCGUCAGACCUUGAGUGGACUGGCAUAUUUGCACGUCGAGGGAAUCCUGCAUCGCGAUCUGAAGGCGGACAACAUCUUGCUCGACCUCGACGGGACGUGCAAGAUCUCUGAUUUCGGUAUCAGUAAACGAUCGGCGAAUCCUUACAACAACGACAUCACCAACAGCAUGCAGGGGAGUGUCUUUUGGAUGGCGCCGGAGGUGAUCCGAGCCCAAUCGCAAGCAUUGUCCUCGAGCGACCCCAGUAUCAGCAGUCAAGGGUACAGCGCCAAAGUUGACAUCUGGAGUUUGGGAUGUGUCGUAUUGGAAAUGUUUGCAGGCCGUCGCCCUUGGAGUAAGGAAGAGGCGAUUGGAGCGAUCUACAAGCUGGGAAGUCUCAACCAGGCGCCACCGAUUCCAAACGACGUGACGGAGGUUGUUGGUCCGGCGGCCCUCAGCUUCAUGUGGGAUUGUUUUACCAUUGACCCCAGCGAGCGUCCGACGGCAGACACACUGCUCCGCUCACCCUUCUGUCAUUUCGAUCCGCACUACAACUUCCUCGACACGGAGCUCCAUGCGAAGAUCCGCGGCGCGUUCUAG